AUGAGUACUCAAGAAAUCGAUUCAUCAGAACUACCUAAAGUUCGUCAACUAGUUAACCAAUUUUUAUCCAUUUCAAUUACCCAUCAGAAGAAUAACUCUAUAGAUGAUAAAAAUGAACUAGUUAUCUAUACUACAUCGAUCGGUAUUAUACGGGAAACUGCACAAGACUGUCAAUUAGUUCGAAGUAUUCUUCAAACGUUAUGCCUGAAAUUUAUCGAGAAAGAUGUUAGUAUUCAUCCGUUGUAUUUAAAAGAAUUAUAUGAGCGAAUUGGUACCGUUAAAAUUAAACUUCCUCAAACUUUUGUUGGUGGCCUCUACGUAGGGGGGGCAAGUGCUGUUGAAUCGUUGAAUGAAUCUGGAAAAUUGCGCGAACUAACGACCAAUUUUGAGAGACAAGGUGCAACGGAAAUUAAUUGUGCAUCAUGUUAUGAUUACCGUUUUGUACCAUGCCACUCGUGCCAUGGUAGUCGACGGAAUAGAAGUUCCUCUUUUAAUCGAAUUGCUGAACUGAAAUGCGGUCAAUGUAAUGAAAACGGAUUACAGCUAUGUCCACAAUGUUCUAUCCCAAUGCGAUCAAGGGCUAAUUCAGCUCCAAAGCGUCAAUUUGAGAGUGAAAAACAUUACAAUUUACAAGUACCAUGUACUAAUUAUACACUCAAGUUAUCAUAG